UACCUUUGCUAGCUGCUAUAGGCAGUAGCAAGCACCACCCACUGCUGCGGUUGUGGACACACUGGUCUCCACCCAUCUCUCCCACCACCCGCACCAAAAGACAGCGCGGUGCGGAUCGAUUUAGUCGAUUUAUAGCCACACCAUGGCGAGGAAGUGCUCCCACUGUGGCAACUACGGCCACAACUCAAGAACUUGCAGCAGCACAGGAAAGCAGGGAGAAAUUAUGCUCUGCGAAGGAGGUGGCGGCAGCAGCAGCGGUAGUGGGCUGAGGCUCUUCGGGGUGCAGGUCCAUGUCGCUGCGGGCCGCAGCACCGGCCUCGGCGCCUCCAUGAGGAAGAGCUACAGCAUGGACUGCCUGCAGCUCGCGGUGGCCCCUAGCUCCAUCGUCUCGCCUUCGUCGUCGUCUUCCUCGUCGGUGCUUCUGUCCAUCGAUGAGGGCUUGGAGAGGGCUUCCAAUGGGUACCUGUCUGACGGUCCUCAUGGCAGAUUAGUCCAGGAGAGGAAGAAAGGAGUUCCAUGGAGCGAAGAGGAGCACCGGCUAUUCCUCGUGGGCCUCGAGAAGCUGGGAAAGGGCGACUGGCGAGGUAUCUCCCGGAGCUACGUCACGACUCGAACCCCGACGCAGGUUGCCAGCCACGCGCAGAAGUUCUUCCUGAGGCAGAGCAGCAUGGGGAAGAAGAAGCGCCGCUCCAGCCUCUUUGACAUGGUACCGAUCUGCGAGAACGGCAUUCGCGUUUCUGAGCCGCUGACCAACAACGGCGAAGGUGCCUCCACCUCUCUGCCGCGGUAUAAAUCCCCCGACAUGGCGUCCAUUGAUCUCAACUCCACGCAGGAGGAUGACAUGGCGAUGGCGGGGGUUCCACUUUUGUCGGAGUCACCGAGGGCGCCAUUCCCGGCGGUUCUGAUGGAGCAGCCUCCUCAUGGCCACGGGCACGGUCACCACUGCUCCCCGCUGGACCUGGAGCUGGGCAUGUCUCUCUCGCCGCCGUCCAUCGGAACAUGACGUCAACGACGUCGCCGGCAGGAGAGGAGACCCAGGACGCUCGACCCAGUUUUUAUUUUUUAUUCUAUCACUUAUCAGGCUGUGUCUGCUGCCUAAGCCUGACCUGUCCAACCAAUGCAAAUGGAGAUAAGACUAUGGACAAGGCUUGUAAAGUCGCGUGCAGGUAGUGCUAAUUGUGGAUACGUUGUUGAUGUGUGUAGUACGUACUGCUGCUCUUGGGUCCCGUCCAUGUAAAAACCAGAAUCCCCAACCGAAGCAUGCUCCUGUUCCCCCAAGCUACGCAUGCACUCGGAUGUACUCCUACAACGAGUAGAAUUUCGGUGAAUCUCGGCUGUCCAUACA